AUGGGUUCGGCAUUCCACCAUCGCAAACGGCCAGACAAACGCACCCGCUUCCCUUCCACCGCUCCUCUUCUAUUCGUCGCGCUCCUGUCCUUAUCUCUCGCGUUCCGCCCCGCAGCAGCAGCGCCGAGCUAUGCUGCGAUGAAGGCGGAGGUUAAGAAGCUUGCAGCGGCCAUGCAGAAGGUUCCGUCGCACAAGCAGUCCGGAAUCAAACUCGCGAAUGCAGCUAACAAGUACAACAUCCCUUCGAAAUACAACGUCGCCGUAUUCGCCAACUGCACCGUGCUUCUACCGGGGGACGUCGCAAUGAAAGCCGCAGUGUCCAGAUUCAGUAUAUUAAGACCCGACCCCAUUUAUGGCACCUCGAAGUUCGCCUGCAUUCGCGGAAUCUACAAAUUCAAACAGCUCCAGUCGCUCCCGAGGGUGUUGAUGCCGACCGCGCAGGGCAUUCCCGUACGGAAGACGACGGCGAAAAACGACAAGGUGGUCGCGUUUAACCUGCGAGGCGGUACGCCGAUUACUAAGGUGACGGUGACCGUUGCGCAUAUCUACACGGGCCCGUAUUUCACGGUAGUGGGGACGGACAAACUGCUCCUGCUGCCGUCCAUGGCCAAGGAAGACGCGGAGGAGGACGAUUAG